AUGAAGACAGUGAAAAACGAUAGUCUUUUUCUUGGAGAUCCCCUCCAGGUUAUUGAAUACAACCCGUCUCAGUGCCUGGAUUGGCUGGCUGUGCAAACACCUCGAAACAAACUAGCUCAUAGCUGGGUGCUGCAAAAUAUGGAAAACUGGGUUGAACGUUUUCUUCUGGCACACAACUAUCCUAGAGUGAGAACUUCCGCAGCCUAUCUCUUGGUGUCGCUUAUUCCAAGCAAUUCCUUUCGUCAGAUGUUCCGAUCAACUCGCUCUUUGCACAUCCCUACAGGUGAUCUGCCCCUCAGUCCAGAUACUACAGUAGUUCUUCAUCAAGUCUACAAUGUGCUGCUUGGCCUUCUUUCGAGAGCUAAGCUGUAUGUUGAUGCUGCUGUUCAUGGCACUACAAAACUUGUGCCCUACUUCAGUUUCAUGACAUACUGUUUGAUCUCAAAAACUGAGAAACUCAUGUUUUCUUCUUACUUCAUGGACUUAUGGAACCUUUUCCAGCCUAAACUUUCUGAACCAGCUAUAGCCACCAACCACAACAAACAGGCUUUGCUGUCUUUUUGGUAUAAUGUGUGUGUCGACUGUCCAGAGAACGUACGCCUUAUUGUACAGAAUCCCGUGGUGACGAAGAACAUUGCCUUCAAUUACAUCCUCGCAGACCAUGACGAUCAGGAUGUGGUGCUCUUUAACCGCGGGAUGCUGCCUGCCUACUAUGGCAUCCUGCGCCUCUGCUGUGAGCAGUCCCCUGCGUUCACGAGGCAGCUGGCUUCUCACCAGAAUAUCCAGUGGGCCUUUAAGAAUCUCACGCCACACGCCAGUCAGUACCCAGGAGCAGUAGAAGAGCUGUUUAACCUCAUGCAACUGUUUGUAGCUCAGCGACCAGACAUGAGAGAGGAAGAGAUAGAAGACAUAAAGCAAUUUAAGAAAACAACCAUAAGCUGUUACCUGCGCUGCUUGGACGGACGGUCUUGUUGGACUACAUUAAUAAGUGCCUUCAGAAUACUACUAGAAUCUGAUGAAGACAGACUCCUUGUUGUGUUCAAUAGAGGAUUGAUUCUGAUGACGGAGUCCUUUAACACAUUGCACAUGAUGUACCACGAGGCCACAGCUUGCCACGUAACUGGAGACCUGGUAGAACUGCUGUCUAUUUUUCUUUCAGUUCUUAAGUCAACGCGUCCAUAUCUUCAAAGAAAAGAUGUGAAGCAGGCUCUCAUUCAGUGGCAGGAGCGAAUUGAAUUUGCCCAUAAGCUCUUAACGCUGCUCAAUUCCUAUAGUCCUCCAGAACUUAGAAACGCUUGUAUUGAUGUCCUCAAGGAGCUUGUACUUUUAAGUCCUCAUGAUUUCCUACAUACUCUGGUUCCAUUUCUACAGCACAAUCAUUGUACAUACCACCACAGUAAUAUCCCAAUGUCUCUAGGACCUUAUUUUCCAUGUCGUGAAAAUUUGAAAUUAAUAGGGGGAAAAAGCAAUAUUCGUCCUCCGCGUCCUGAGCUUAAUAUGUGCCUCUUGCCUACAAUGGUGGAAGCCAGCAAGGGCAAAGAUGAUGUUUACGAUCGUAUGCUGCUAGACUACUUCUUUUCUUAUCAUCAGUUCAUCCAUCUACUAUGUCGAGUUGCAAUCAACUGUGAAAAGUUUACUGAAACUUUAGUUAAAAUGAGUGUCCUAGUGGCAUAUGAAGGUUUACCACUUCAUCUUGCAUUAUUCCCCAAACUUUGGACUGAGCUUUGUCAGACUCAGUCCGCAAUGUCAAAGAACUGUGUAAAGCUCCUCUGUGAAGAUCCAGUUUUUGCAGAAUAUAUAAAAUGUAUUCUGAUGGACGAAAGGACCUUUCUUAACAACAACAUUGUAUACACCUUUUUGACCCAUUUUCUUCUAAAGGUCCAAGGGCAGGUGUUUUCUGAAGCAAACUGUGCCAACUUAAUCAAUACUCUAGUUACAAACCUAAUCAAUCAAUAUCAAAGCCUAGAAUCUGACUUCAGCAACCAGAGAGUUGAAAUUUCCAAAGCAAGCUCUACUUUGAAUGGGGACCUCCGAGCACUUGCGUUGCUGCUUUCAGUGCACACUCCCAAGCAGCUCAAUUCAGCCCUGAUUCCAACGUUACAAGAGCUUUUAAGCAAAUGUAGAGCUUGUCAACAACAGAGGAACUCAUUACAAGAGCAAGAAGCCAAAGAAAGAAAAACUAAAGAUGAUGAAGGAGCUACUCCUGUAAAGAGAAGACGGGUCAGCAGCGACGAGGAGCACACUGUAGAUAGCUGUAUCAGUGACACAAAAACUGAACCCCGGGAGGCGUUGACCCCAACAAGCACUUCGGAUAAUGAGACACGGGACUCUUCGAUUAUUGACCCAGGCACUGAGCAAGAUCCUCCUUCCCCCGAGAACAGUUCUGUCAAAGAGUACAGAAUGGAAGUUCCAUCUUCAUUUUCAGAAGACAUAAUGUUAGCGACGCGGUCACAGCACACGGAAGAGCAGUCAGGAAAUGGUAAAUUUGAAGAAUGCAAAGAAUUUAAAGACCUGCAGACUUCCAAGGAUUCCAUUGGAGCCGAGGAGGACUCGGAGUUUCCUUCCACAUCAAUUUCAGCAGUUUUAUCUGACCUUGCGGAUUUGAGGAGCUGUGAUGGUCAAGCCUUACCAUCCCAGGACCCUGAUACUAGUUUAUCAAUCAGUUGUGGCCAUUCCAGAGGACUUUUUAGUCAUAUGCAGCAGCAUGACAUUUUAGACAUCCUGUGUAGGACCAUUGAGUCUACCAUUCAUGUGGUCACAAGGAUAUCUGGAAAAGGAAACCAAGCUGCUUCUUGA